GAUAAUUAGAACUGUCUCCACACACUAAAAUAAAAUAAAAAGUACGAAAGAUUCAUUCUUUUCCAUUUUUGGUUUGAAAUAUUAAUCGCCAAUUUGUUGUUUUUUUUUCUCAAAAAAACAAGAAAAAUCAAUAUUUUCAACUAAUUGCUCCUUUUCUUUAAUCUUCGUCUUGGAUCACCAUUUUAAGAUAAGUUUUCUUAGAUGAUCUUUGAGUUUUUUAAAGGGUAACUUCUUUCUAAAACUAGGAUGAUGAUGAUGAUGGUGAUCUGUUCAUAACAAACCAAAAAAAAAAAAAAAUUCCUUUUGGAAAUAUUGAAACUUUCGAAUUGGGUUUCUCUCAAAUUCUUACAAUCUUCAAAUUUGAGGAUCCAAUUCGUUUCGUUGUAAUCAUUUAGGUGAAGUGGUGAUGAUCGGGUAGGGAUCAAAAAUUUCAGCUUUGUAUAGUAAAACGAUGAGGUUUCUGAGCCUCGUCGGAAACUCAUUCGGUUGCUCCGCGUCCGGCGAGCGAUUAGUAUCAGCCGCCAGAGACGGCGAUCUACAAGAGGCCAAAGCCCUCCUUGAUUACAACCCGAGACUCGCUCGCUAUUCCACUUUCGGCGUUCGUAACUCUCCUCUCCAUUACUCCGCCGCUCAAGGCCACCACGAGGUAACAGCUGUCUCCUUUACAUUGUCUUUAUCGACCAUCAAAGUUAGCUGAGUACAAGAAUGUUUGAAACAGACGGCUUUGAUGCAAGCUUGUCAACAUGGUCAUUGGGAGGUUGUCUUGAUUCUCAUCCUCUUUGGUGCUAAUAUUCAUAGAUCAGACUACCUUAACGGUGGUACUGCUCUGCAUCUCGCGGCUCUAAAUGGUCACCCUCGGUGUAUCAGGAUCUUGCUUUCCGAGUAUAUACCAAGUGUCCCUAACUGCUGGAGCCUCUUGAAGAAUAGUAAAUCCUCUGUUUCUGGAUUUGAUCCAAGUGGUAUUCAAGAAGUGAUAAACAGAGCAGCAGAUGGAGGAAUCACACCUCUUCAUGUAGCGGCUCUGAACGGACACGUAGAGACGGUGCAGUUACUCUUGGAUUUGGGAGCUUCACUUACUCAGGUUACUGUGGAAGAUGGAACCACAAUAGAUCUCAUAGGAGCUGGGAGUACUCCUCUCCAUUAUGCUUCAUGUGGCGGAAACACCCAGUGUUGCCAGGUUUUGAUCGAUAAGGGUGCCUCUUUAGCUGCCAUUAACUCUAACGGAUGGACGCCAUUGAUGGUUGCUCGCUCAUGGCACCGGAACUGUCUUGAAGAAGUCCUGAACCCAACCACAGAGCAGCCACUAAGCCAACUGCCAAAAGUCCCUUCUCCUUUCCUCUGCCUUCCUCUAAUGAGCAUUGUCAAGAUUGCUCAAGAAUGUGGCUGGCGAGGAGAUGACUGUCUCACUCCAUGCCGUGACCCUUGCGCUGUUUGUCUGGAAAGAAAGUGCACCGUAGCAGCAGAUGGAUGUGGUCAUGAGUUCUGCACUAACUGUGCGUUAUACCUAAGCACCACAAACAUAACAUCCUCAAAGACAUCACAAGCCACACCAGGCUCAGUCCCAUGUCCUCUCUGUCGCUACGGCAUUGUCUCUUUCACCAAACUCCCCCAUACGAUACCAACAACAACAGCAACAUCAUCAAGAACAAGCAUCUCCUUGUCCUUCUGCACUUGCUCCUCCUCUGAUGUCUUGGAUACAGGAGCUCUCCUCACCGACCCUCACUACAGCUGUAAACCGGUUGUUUCAAGAACCGGUUCACAAUCCGUUGGGUCAUCGUCCUUUCGGUCUCUUAGCUGCCGGUUUCCUCCAAGUCUCUGCCUCGGUGGCUCGGAUGUUGACGAACCCCAAAGCCGGUUAAUGAAUGGAUCAUAUUCAAGAUCCGGUCUAGGGUCCAGGAGAUCCACGUCGGAGGUUGAAGGAAAACGUUCUUGGUUUUGUGCUCUUAACCAUUGUGUUACAACCGGUGGAAGUCCUUGCUAACACUUUUUGGUUUUUCUUUCUCUUUUCUAAUUUUUGUUCCCAUUUUUUUGGGAGAAAAAAAAAUCUGCUAAUUGGUUGUGUGAUUAUUCAUUUUGUAAUAACUGAAAUUGCCACAAAUAUAAUUGAUUUGGCAUUGAAAUUGUGUGUAUAUAAUAUUAUUUGAGUGUGAACUUCUUGCCGAGUCUAAUGAGCAUUAACGUA